UACUCCAUCCAACCAAGGAAUGCACGCAUCCUUUCGAGCUGAUCAACGCUCAUGAUGCCUGAGCUCAGGGAGCAGGUCAUGUACACGAGAAUUUUAACCAUAUCCUAAAGAGAGCCCAGCUCAAUUUUGCAAGAUUUUUAGUGUUCCAUUUCAUUAGUACUGUGAGUUCUUGAUAAUGAAAUGACAGAGAUGAGAUGACUUCAUCAUGGAAUUUAUUCUGCUCAGUAUCUGUGUGUUCGGGACAGUAGCGAGAGCUGACAGAAACGAGACAGGAGAAAUCAUAGACUCGAUUGUGGAGACCCUUCCAGAUGUUUUGCCUCAUGUUAGCUUGCCACCAAGACUGAAAAAUACAUGGCCUCCAUUCAAUGCAUCAGGACCAGAAAUGAGUCCACCUCCAGAUAUCAAUCCAGCUGAGUUCCUGCGCACAGAAAUUCCCACAAUUAACAAAACUGCCGUGUCUGACAUUAUGAUGGCCAUAACCGGUAAUACGAGCCAGAUGCUGACAUCCUCUCCUGUCACACAAGAACAAUCAUUUGAUACAGACAGGAUGACAACAUCCCUGCCUGCUCAAGCAUCUUCAACAGCUGCAUCCAUUGCCACACCAUUUACCCUGCCCAAACCGGUAUCUACAAUGGCAGUAUCUACUGUGGAAGUAUCAGUGACAGUAGUGAAGAAACCAAGUGUCCCUGACCAUGACCAUGAACAUGUCAGCAUUGCUGUAUUCUUAACUGUUCCAGUGUGCGUUGGACUGCUCAUCUCAUUUUUCAUUCUCUUUGGGAAGUACUGCCGCAAGAAAUUAAGACUAGACAAGCUACGACAUCAGCUGAUGCCAAUGUAUAGCUUUGAUCCUGCAGAGGGAGAGGACUGGGAAACAGAAUUAUUAACUGACCCAAGAACACAGACUAGUCAGCAAACAAAUGCCACUCAAGCCCCUCCAAAGCCAGCAAGCCAAGCAGAAGUUCCACAGCUGAGAUUCAACUACCCUGCCGCUGAUGUAUGAGCCAUGGCAUUCAUAUCAAAUCGUCAUGUUGGUGUCUAGCUCAAAGUUGAAUUGGUUGUACAAGUUUGAUUCACACUUUGUAUUGAUGUAUUGUUCUGUGUCUUACCCAUCAUGCAAUACACUGUUAAUCAUCAUUUGCUUGAAGAUCCUUGAACUGACAAAAAGCAUGAAUGUGGCUAAAUUUGAACUUGUCAUUGCAGAAGAAACACUUGAAUGAAGAAACACUUGAAUGAAGAAACUCCUGCAAUAAAUAAUAUGAAUGUAUUUUUGUGCCAUGUUUUGUUGUGCACUUUAAUGAGAGCUGCCUCAGACCUCGAAAAAAUGACCAGAGACAUGCACAAAAUCUCUCUAUUAUGUUGUUCUUAGACAGCUCCUGGAAUUGCUUGUAUUCCGGAAUGGAGAUGUCAUUUGUGUAAACUCUCCUCUUGGGGAACUUGGCCUCUUUUGAGAAAAAAUGUGCCCUCUUCUGAGGUAACGAUGCUCCAGGGAAUUGAUCUUGUGGUAUUUCUGUGGGGGCAGAAGCAUCCUCCUGGGGGAUUAUUGGUAUAACGCUAAUUGGUUUAUGUACUCACUGAAAUAUGAUGAAUGUGCUCAGUGACAUUAGCAUGGCCACUUGCACAGUAUGUUGUUCAUAAGUUAAAUCCAUAUGAACUAUAAAUGCGGUCAAGUCAUUUUCUUAUUUUUGUAUUGAGGUUGUUAUUAAACAGUAAUAAUGAAGACCCAGGCUGGAUCCAAAGUGAAAAUGACAAAUCCUAUGCGAAUAAUCUCCUAAAUACAGCAAUGCAAGCUUUAAUGCAUUUUCACUGCUUAUCAGCCAAGUAUUUGGCCUUUGAACUUGAACUUUUUAACUUUAUUUGCAAAUUUAUGUCGACCCCUUUUGGGGUAUGAGAAAUACACAGAUAUUUAACAUACAUGUUUAAUACAUU